AUGUCGAACCUCCGCAUCCUCCUCGUCGGCAACGGCGGACGUGAACACGCGCUCGCUUGGAAACUCAGCCAAUCUCCUCGCGUCGAGUCCAUCUUUGCUGUUCCUGGCAAUGGCGGCACCGCGGGGUGCUCCAAGGUCUCUAAUGUGACCUCUGUCUCUGCCGACGACUUCCCCGCCCUCGUCAAGUUUGCCCAGUCCAACGGCGUCAACCUUGUUGUCCCCGGCCCUGAAGCGCCGCUUGUCGACGGCAUCGAGGGCUACUUUCGCGCCGCUGGCAUCCCUUGCUUCGGCCCCUCCAAGGAAGCUGCACGUCUCGAGGGUAGCAAAACGUAUUCGAAGGACUUUAUGAAAAAGUACAACAUUCCGACUGCCGCAUACGAAAAUUUCUCCGACUUUGAUAAGGCCGUUUCAUACAUUGACACCAUCAGCCACGAUGUUGUCAUCAAGGCUACCGGUAUCGCUGCUGGCAAGGGCGUUAUUAUCCCUCAGGCCAAGGACGAGGCCAAAGCCGCUCUGAAGCAAAUCAUGGUCGACAAGGAGUUCGGCUCCGCCGGUAGCGAGGUUGUCAUUGAGGAACUGUUGCUAGGUGAUGAGCUCAGCGUCCUGACAUUCUGCGACGGCUACUCUAUCCGCUCGUUGCCGCUCGCGCAGGACCAUAAGCGCAUCUUUGACGGCGACCAAGGCCCCAACACUGGCGGUAUGGGUUGCUAUGCGCCUACAAAUAUUGCUACCAAAGAGCUUGUGGAGCGCAUUGACAAGGAGAUUCUCGAGCCCACGAUUCGAGGCAUGCGCCGAGAGGAGCAGCCCUUCCGCGGUGUCCUUUUCACUGGUCUGAUGAUCACCGCCACCGGCCCCAAGGUACUCGAGUACAACGUUCGAUUUGGCGAUCCUGAGACACAAACUGUCCUGCCCCUGCUCUCGGCCGAGACUGAUCUUGCCCAUAUCAUGCUUGCUUGCGCCGGCGGCUACCUGGAUAACUGCAACAUUACUGUUGACAACAAGUUUAGCGCCACGGUCGUGCUCGCUUCCGGAGGAUAUCCCGGAUCCUAUGCCAAGGGUACUCCCAUGACUGUCGCCGAGCCCCCCGCCGGCAGCACCAUAUUCCACGCCGGCACCAAGCUCGACGGCCAGCAGCUCCAGACCUCUGGCGGUCGUGUCAUCGCCAUCAACUCGGUCGCUGAUUCGCUUCGCGGUGCCGUCGACGCCUCCUACGCGGCGCUGGCAGCCAACGUCAUUCAGUUUGACGGCAUGUUCUUCCGCAAGGACAUUGCUCACCGUGCGUUCCGUGCGGCCGGAAAGGAAUCCAUGACAUACGCGCAGGCUGGCGUUGACAUCCAAGCUGGCAACAAUUUCGUCGAGAAGAUCAAAAAGGCAGUUGCAAGCACCAAGCGCCCCGGUGCCGAUGCCGAGAUUGGUGGGUUCGGCGGCGAGGUCGAUCUGUCUGCUGCAGGCUAUCCCAAUGCUCCCGUUAUUGUCGGCGCCAUUGAUGGUGUUGGUACGAAACUGAUGAUCGCCCAAAACAUGAAGAAGCACGACACUGUAGGCAUUGAUCUGGUCGCCAUGAACGUCAAUGACCUCAUCGUCCAGGGUGCUACACCUCUCAUGUUCCUCGACUACUAUGGCUGCAGCAAGCUGGACCUUGCCUCGGCCGCCGCGUUCGUCGAGGGCGUCGCCGACGGCUGCAGACAGGCCGGCUGUGCCCUGGUUGGUGGCGAGACUGCUGAAAUGCCCGGCAUGUACCAGGGUGAAGACUACGAUGCUGCUGGUUGCGCUGUCGGUGCAGUCACCGAGGAUGCUCGACUCCCGAAGCUGGCACAGAUGGCGGAAGGAGAUGUCCUUCUGGGUCUCGCGUCUAAUGGCGUGCACUCCAACGGCUUUUCCCUAGUGCGUCGCAUCGUGCAGAGUGCCGGUCUUUCGUACACUGAUCCCGCCCCGUGGGACAAGAGCAAGACGGUGGGCGAGUCUCUGCUGACGCCGACUCGCAUUUACGUCAAGACGCUGUUGCCUGUUCUGAAGGAUAUCAAGGGCCUGGCUCACAUCACCGGCGGCGGCCUCAUCGAGAACGUCCCUCGCAUGCUGCCCGAAAGCCUGACGGCCGAGAUCCAAUUUGGCUGGCAGAUGCCCCCCGUCUUCGAGUGGCUCAAGGCGACUGGCAACGUGACGCCGGUAGAGAUGUGCCGGACUUUCAACACUGGUAUUGGUAUGGUAAUAGCCGUGGAUGCCAGCAAGGCUGCUGCCGUGGCUGCCGCUCUUGGUGCGGAAGAGACCGUGUUCACUCUCGGCAGACUGGUCAAGCGCGACGGGCAGGUUGGGUGCGUCAUCCAGAACCUGGACCGUUGGCAGUAG